GCACCGCCACGGCUGCCGCCACCGCCACAGCUGCCGCCGCCGCUGCCGCGGUCGUCCCUGCCCGUCCUGGCCUCGGGGUGCUCCCCGCACGCCACAGGCCCAUUGGUGACCCUGACCCCUGCCCUCCCCACUCCCCAUGCAUCAGGCUUCUGCUGGUGUCCCUGGAGCAUGGGAAGCUGCUGAGCUUGACCGGUGGUGUCUGGCAGGAGCUGCGUGUCUCACUCUGUGGCAGGGAGGGCGUCCAUGGCUGCAGCCAACAAGGGCAAUAAGCCCAGAGUCCGGAGUAUCCGCUUUGCGACAGGCCAUGAUGCAGAAGGCUCCCAGAGCCACGUCCACUUUGAUGAGAAGCUGCAUGACUCUGUGGUCAUGGUCACCCAAGAGAGCGACAGCAGCUUUCUGGUCAAGGUUGGCUUCCUGAAGAUCCUGCACAGGUAUGAGAUUACCUUCACUCUGCCCCCAGUGCGCAGGCUGAGCAAGGAGGUCCGAGAGGCGCCUGUCCCCAGCCUGCACCUCAAGCUCCUCAGCGUCAUGCCCAUCCCAGAAGGUUACAGCAUCAAGUGUGAGUACUCAGCGCACAAGGAGGGCGUCCUCAAGGAGGAGAUGCUGCUAGCCUGCGAAGGUGGCACCGGCACCUGCGUGCGCGUGAUGGUGCAGGCACGCGUCAUGGACCGACACCACGGCACACCCAUGCUGCUAGAUGGUGUCAAGUGCGUGGGUGCUGAGCUAGAAUACGACUCAGAGCACAGUGACUGGCACGGCUUCGACUGAGGCCCUCGCCCCCACCUGCCUCGGGGCCUCUCAGCCUUAAACCCCCCUCGUCUCCCCAAAUGCUGCGUGAUGAUGUAGCUUCCUCACCCUUCCCAGGGAUGGGCAUGGAGGUGGAGGGUCCAAGGGCCUUCAAGCUGGAGCCUCACCCACACCUCUCACCUCAUUUGUGCCACCUCCCUGCCUCUCCAGCAUCCUCCUCUCCCACUUCCUCCUCUCUGUGUGCCUCAGUCUCCUGCUGGAAGAAAUGGGUUGAGCCCCCAAGGAGGCUCUCUGAGGAGGGAUGGAGAGGGCCUGGGGUGGGUUCUACCCACCCCCCUACCCCAAGCCAUAGGGGCUCUAGCCAGGGCCUAGGAGAGGAGGGAGCUGGCUCUGUGGUGUAGCUGCCCCCAUUACUGCUGCUGCUGUCUUGCUUUAGCCACCUCUCCUGUCCCCUCCCUCUUUCCCACUGCCGUCCAUGGUGAGGAGGAGGGAGGUGCAGUUCCCAAUCCUUACCCCCCAGGUCUGUGUUACUUGGUUUUUAAACAACUGGUUGGGAUAAAACCCUAAAGAAAUAAAACUUCCAGUGGAUACCA